GCUGAGUGGUCGCUUGGCGGAGUGGGGGUGUAGGGAUGUCGCAUGACGGCGAGAAGCCAAACUGAAUCAAAUUAAGCCUAAUUGCGCUGAGCCACAGCCCGGGCUCUCACUUUGGCCGUGGAACUGUUCGAAGCAGGAAGGAAUCUCGGUAGCGUGGCACCGUGGGAAGGCACUUGCGAGACGAGGGGAUACCGAGAUUUCGCUGGGAUGCACUCGAGCUGGGCGCGCCUCCCUCGCCGGGGAGCGGGGUGCGGAAAGAAGACAUCAAUGAUGCCCCGAAGGAGCAUCGGCUGGAUUGGAUAUUGGGGAGGGGUCCUGCAGGCGGAACUGCAGGCGGAACCGGGGUGUGGUGUUGGGGCGUCGUGUCCCCUGUCGAACCCGACGGCGUCGAUCGCCUCGCAACAAUUGGACGGCUCAGCUGCGCUCCUCGGCAAUCCAUCGGGCCCCGUCAGCCGCCUCCGACGCCCACCACCGAAUACACUGCCGCCACGCCAGGCAGGCCGCGUGUUUUGUGCCACAUGUUUGGAGACGCGGCGGCCCUCGUGGUCCGCCUAUGCAUGGCGCUGCUGCUGCCGCUGCCACUUGUCUCUGCAUAUGGCAAACUCUCCGACGCAAGCCUCAAAAACAUACCCGCCGCCGGUGCCGACUUUGACAUCCGCGAGGGCGCCCUCCUGGCCCCGAUCCUGAUCCCCCGCGUGCCGGGCACCCUCGGCUCCGAGAAGGUGCAGUCUCACUUUGUCGACUUCUUCUCGCGCCGCCUCCCAGAGUGGUCCGUCGUCUGGCACAACUCCACGUCCAAGACCCCCGCCACGGGCGACCGGGAUGUCCCGUUCCGCAACCUCAUCUUCCGCCGCGACCCGCCCUGGGCCGCCGCCGGGGACGUCGCCCGCCUGACCCUGGUCGCCCACUACGACAGCCUGGUCGUGCCCGAGGGCUUUAUUGGCGCCACCGAUAGCGCCGCCCCCUGCGCCAUCCUAAUGCACGUCGCCCGCAGCAUCGACGCGCCCCUGACCGAAAGGUGGGCUAGGAUGAUGACGAGCGGCGACGUCGGCACCGGGAUCGAGGAGGAGAAGGGCGUGCAGAUCGUGCUGCUAGAUGGCGAGGAGGCCUGGGUGUCCUGGACGGACACCGAUUCGCUUUACGGCUCAAGAGCCCUUGCUGCCGACUGGGAAAAUGAGGUCUACCCCGCGUCAUCCAUACACCAGACCUCGAUCAAGUCCAUUAGCCUCUUCAUGCUCCUGGACCUCCUCGGGGCCGCGAACCCCACCAUCCCCUCCUACUUCAAACCCACGCACUGGGCGUACCAGAACCUCGCUGAGAUCGAGGGCCGCAUGCGCAAGCUGGACCUAUUGCAGAGCAACCCGCCGAGCCCCUUCUUCCCCGAGGUUGAGAAGCGGUCGUACCACUUCGUCCCAGGCGGAUACGUCCUAGACGAUCACGUGCCCUUCAUGAACCGCGGAGUCGACAUCCUGCACGUCAUCCCGACCCCGUUCCCGAGCGUGUGGCACAAGAUGGAAGACGAUGCCGAGCACCUCGACGCCGCGGCGCUCCAGGACUGGGCCAAGCUCGUCACGGCCUUUGCCGCCGAGUGGAUGGAGCUGGACGGGCUGUUUGUCAACCCUAUAGAUAUGAAGUCUGAGAGGGAGAAGGACGAGCUUUAGAUGAUCUUGUUGGGCUCUGCAUUUUAGAUGUGAGGAUAUUGUUAUUGCCUGCUGCGGCCUUUUCAGAGCCAGUUAUGGAUUGGCAGAGUAAAUGGGCUGGGUGCUGGCGGUGUCUCACUUAACACUGAGGGCUGUGCUUUAAGUUGAGUCGCACGCCACGAGCUCCAAACAUGGGGUUCGGAUCCGAGUCUAGAAUAUAUCAAUACACACCUUGUGAAUAUUCC